AUGGGUGACAUAUCGGGCUCGAGGUCUUUGCGAAGCACCAGCAAAACCACUUCUGAGGAUAAACCAUCGCCCCAACAGUUGUAUAAUACUGUGCAUCGAGAAAUCCUAAAUGCCACAGGGCCAACCCAUCUAGCGUAUGAGAACGUGGAAACUCAGGCUGGAUCUUUAGUUUUUGAUUCUCUCGAAGAGUCUUCAAAAGUUGAAAACAUUCGUCCAAGGAUGGAAUACUCCACCUUUCUUACUCCAGCUGAAUACAAUCAGUUGGAGUUUUCCUCUGGUACCGCGUUCCGAUCCUUUCAGGCUCCCUAUACCUCCUCUUUAAAGCAACCUGACUCGUUCUUCCAGGUACAAGGACAAUACCUACCAACUAUUGUGAUCAAGUCAGGUUGGACCGAAACUACGGCAAAUCUGCAUCGCGAUAUGAGACUCUGGUUAAUCGGAGGGGCGAAUCAAGUUCAAUUGGUUCUACUACCCAAGUGGACAAAGCAUGCAAACAGACGGGUCUCAGGUGUUGUUCAACUAUGGGCUUUAAACCAAAUGGGAAACGAAACGCUUUUACAAACAGCUAUUAUAUACCCACCAGCUGCCAAUCAAGUAAUACAGAUUACGCGAAAACAACUCUUUGGAACUUUAGUCCACCCCGGGAGAAACCCCAAUGAUGUGUUCAACCUCUCCAUUGAUGCGCUGCGAGCAAUAGCGGCAGAUGCGAUACACACCGAUGGUUUCUUACCGGCCUGA